GAUUCCCACCUAAUAAGAAAAAUAUAUUAUUAUUAUUAUUUUUUUGGUUUGAGAGUAGUAAAAGGAAGUUGCAGAGAAAGUGCUCUGGUUAAUCACCAACAAGAGACUUAGAUAGAGUCACGAAGAAUAUGCUCAUUUGUGUUUAAGGGCUUAAAUCAUAGUCAUGGAUUCAGCACGAAGUUGGUUUCAGAAAUUUCAGCCUAGAUCAAAGCCUGUGCCAACAAAAAAGAAGGGUGCAGAUAAUUUAAAAGAUGCGAACAAGCCUCCUAUUGAUGAUGCACCUUCAAAUGUAACAAAACAAAAAGUUGAAGCAGCUAAGCAGUAUAUAGAGAAUCAUUACAAAUCUCAAAUGAAGUGUUUGCAAGAUAGGAAAGAGAGACGGUGGGUCUUGGAGAGGCGACUUGCCGAUGCUGAUGUUUCUGAGGAAGAGCAAAUGAAUAUUCUCAAAUAUCUAGAAAAGAAGGAGACUGAGUACAUGCGCCUUCAAAGACAUAAAAUGGGUGUUGAUGACUUUCAACUCUUGACAAUCAUUGGACGGGGAGCAUUUGGGGAGGUGAGACUUUGCAGAGAAAAAUCUACUGGCCAUGUCUAUGCCAUGAAAAAGCUCAAGAAAUCUGAGAUGCUACGGAGAGGUCAGGUGGAACAUGUCAAAGCUGAAAGAAAUCUUCUCGCCGAGGUUGAUAGUGCAUACAUUGUCAAGCUCUACUGCUCCUUUCAAGAUGAUGAAUUUUUAUAUCUUAUAAUGGAAUACCUUUCUGGGGGUGACAUGAUGACAUUAUUAAUGCGUAAAGAUACUUUGAAUGAAGAUGAAGCAAGGUUUUAUGUAGGGGAGACAGUUCUUGCCAUUGAGUCCAUUCACAAGCACAGCUACAUUCACAGGGAUAUAAAACCUGACAAUUUGCUUCUUGACCGUUACGGCCACAUGAAGCUUUCAGAUUUUGGAUUGUGUAAGCCAUUGCAUUGUAGUAGUUUUCCAAAUCUCAGUGAGCAUGAUCAAGGAGUUGGGAGGGGAAAAUCUGUAUCGAACAAUGAUAAUUAUUCUAAGAUGCCUACAACACCAAAACGAACUCAGCAAGAACAGUUAUUACACUGGCAAAAAAACAGGCGUAUGCUGGCCUACUCGACUGUUGGAACUCCUGAUUACAUUGCCCCAGAAGUACUACUAAAGAGAGGAUAUGGGAUGGAGUGCGACUGGUGGUCUCUUGGAGCAAUCAUGUAUGAGAUGCUUGUAGGAUUCCCACCUUUUUAUUCUGAAGAACCGAUGUCAACAUGCAGGAAGAUUGUAAACUGGAGAACUCAUUUGAAAUUCCCAGAAGAAGUAAAGCUGUCUGCAGAGGCUAAAGAUUUAAUUUGCAAGCUCCUUUGCAACGUUGAGCAUAGGCUGGGGACCAAAGGAGCUCAUGAAAUUAAAGCACACCCAUGGUUUGAAGGAUUGCAGUGGGAUAGAGUGUAUCAGAUGGAAGCUGCUUUUAUACCAGAGGUCAAAGGCGAGUUAGAUACUCAAAACUUUGAGAAGUUUGAAGAGUCGGGCAAUCCCGCACAACCUCCAUCAAAAUCAGGUCCAUGGAGAAAGAUGCUUCCUUCUAAGGAUACCAAUUUUGUUGGCUACACAUACAAGAAUUUUGAGAUUGUCAAUGAGAACCAUAUACCUGGCGUAGCUGAACUGAAGAAAAAGAGCAACAAACCAAAGAGACCAUCUAUCAAGACAUUGUUUGAGACACCAGAUCCUCCUGACCAGCAUGUUCAGGGAACCUUCUCCAAUCAUAUACCUACAACACAAAUAGGAGUUUCAGGUAGCUCUGAGCCAUCACACCAUUCUAUACCAAUGAGAUCCAAACAGCACCAACUGAUACCUCACCAAAGAUGACAGUCGUCAUGUUCAUCAAACACAGUCUGGUCUUUAGGGAAGCUUAUACAGUUGCAGGAAUUAUAGAAGGUAUUUUUCAUAUACUAGCACCCUAAACCCCAGUAGUUGAAGCUCCUUGUUCUUAGUCUCUUGUAAGUUAUAGCAGAUAUGCUUGGUGGGGCUUUGGAAUCAAUCAGUAUAAAUUGAUUUACAUCAGUGUUGUCGAAAAAUCGAAGUGGCCGCAAGUCACACUAUGUGGAUAUUUAGGCAUUUGGUUAGAAUUUAGAAGUAACUCACAUUAAUUCUCCUUAAUAGUGACAUGUAAAGUUUUGUUUAUAAUCAUAUGAAGUAACAUUUUCUUUUUUGGGGGGUAGGGGUGGGGUUGGUUGGUGUUUUGAAACAUAUUGUGAUGAGUUUAAAAAUCCUCUUUUUCAUAUGUUAUUGAUGAGAAAGUGUAUAAACUCUCAAGCUGUUUGUUUUUUUUUUCUUUCUAAUAUGUUUAUUGUUA